AUGCCACAGCCCAGCUCCGGCAGUCCUUCCACGAAGGGGGAAGUGGAUGCAACACUUGAAGUUGCUCCGGCAAUACUCUGGGACGACCCUACCGAGAAGAGAAAUCCGAAAAACUGGCCGCUAUUCGCCAAGAUCUUCCACACUGUCAUUCCCUGCGUCAUCUCCUUCGAAGUAACCUUUUCAACCUCGGUCACAGUGCCUGCAGCGGGCGUUAUUGCCGCAGAGUUCUCAGUCACCCGAACAGAGGCACUGCUUACAUUGACACUGUACACGCUCGGACUUGCGUUUGGGCCGCUCUUCAUCGCACCUUUUUCCGAGGUAUGGGGCAGACGAGUUGUCUAUAUCUCGACGCUCAGCUUCCUGCUGGUCUUCACAGGUGCCGGAUCAGGAGCGCCGAAUUUUCCCGCCUUACUUGUUUUCCGCUUUCUAGCCGGUUUCCUGGGCUCGUCGGCAAUGGCGAUUGGUGCUGGCACGGUGUCCGAUCUCUGGGUCUUGCAAAAGGCCGGGGGUACUGUCGGUUUGUUCUUCAUAUUGGGCCCUUUCCUUGGGCCUAUUCUGGGUCCCAUAGCCGGAACAUACAUUCUCGAUGACCACGGGAGGGACUGGCGAUGGACGCAAUGGUUGAUUCUGCUCGUGGGUGCGCCUACCCUCAUCGCCACGCUGUUCACAAGAGAGACAGCCAAGACGCAUAUUCUUAAGCUCGACAUCUCGCACGCAGACGGCGUUGAUACCGCUACGGCAGUGGGCAAAGUCCUCAGAAAGGUCAAGUUCGCGAUUUUGCGGUCUGUCAGGAUGUUGUUUACAGACGUCAUUGUGUUCUCGUUGACAAUUUAUACUGCUUACGCUUACGCCCUGACGUUCAGCUAUCUUGCAAGCAUACCAUAUGUAUUCCCCCGGUAUUACGGCUUUAGUGCGAAAGAGACUAGCCUCGUGUUCGUCAGCGUCAUGAUUGGUUACAUUCUGGCAAUCGUCCUGUUUGCGGGCUUCGACAGAACGAUUUAUGCACGGGCGCGUCGGGCCUUACAUGGCGAUAUGCCUGCUCCGGAGCAUCGUCUAUAUUCUGCACUCGUUGGAAGCAUAUCACUGCCGGUCGGAUUGUUCUGGUAUGCUUGGGGUGGCCGAGAAGGGGGUCAUUGGGCCACGCUCGCAGCCAGUGGGAUUCCAUUCGGUCUCGGUGCCUUCUCACUAUUCCUGUCAACUAUCAAUUACUUAGUCGAUGUGUAUCAGUCUGCUGCGGCGGCAUCAGCAUUGGCCGCGAAUGGCUCUCUGCGGUUUGCGUUGGGUGCAGUCUUCCCACUCUUCACGGUGCAGAUGUACGAGAGCCUAGGAAUCAGGUGGGCGGGAAGUGUCUUCGCAUUUUUGUCGGUUGCGUUUCUCCCAAUUCCUUGGUUACUUUUCAGGUACGGAGCGCGCCUGAGGAAUCGGCGCGACAGUCGACCUUGA